AAUACGGUCAUUAACAAUGAGAGUCAAUUUUAUCUAGGGAAUCUUGCUGUAAAUCCUGAGGUGUUUUAUUCUGUCGUGGACACUAGCCUUUUUACUAUUAUGGUUUCAGUCCAAAACCAAGCCAGAAGUUGUGUCACAAUAAGAAUGACCGGACAGGAGUUUGAAAAUUCCGGAAAAGUCGCCUUAAACUCUUUAUCAAUGAACACCACUUCUGAUUGUAAUAUCACAGUCUCCGAAUCGUUUCUGAAUACAGGAAAUAUAUUCUUUGGUAUAAGUGCUGGUGAAUAUGUGGCUUUGAAAUUCUCCAUUACGUCUGCAACUUCAUGGUAUAACUCUGGUAAAUUUAUUUUUUUCGUGGCUCAUGGCGAGAUUGUCAAUUUGCAAAUUUAUUGCCAUGCUGGACCCCGAGAUUUCAAUUCAAUCAGAAAUGAUGGAGUAGUUUGUUUGAACAACACUACCUGGCAGGUAAAUACAAAUGUUGAUGGAAAUGGAUGUGUCGCAUUGGGCUCUGGUGGGCAGUUGUACUUA